UUUGAGUCCAGAUUUGAUUGCAUGGUUAAUCAUUAGAAAUCAUCGAAGUUAGUUCCGGAAUGAUUGCUGGGAUUUUAGAUGCAGCAUGCGUUCCAUUUUGAAAGGUUCUGGCCUUCACUGUGUUGAAUAUCAGAAGACAUUGGUGCUAUAUCAGUUACCCGUGGUGGUGAUAGUUUUCAACAACAGUGGUGUCUACGGUAGUGAUAGGAGAAGCCCUGAAGAAAUUAUAGGUCCUUUUAAGGAGGACCCAGCACCUACUUUGUUUUCUCUGGUGCAGCUUAUGAUCUCCUUAUUGAAGCUAUUGGGGGCAAAGGUUAUCUUUUUCGGGACACCCGAUGGACUCAAAUUUGCUCUUACUAAAUCUUUUGCAGCCCAGAAGCUAGUUGGGAUAAACGUCACAAUAGAUCCAUAUUGUGGUGCUGAUAGUGGGAUACUUCAUAGGGGUAACUGAGGUAGGCAGUAGGCACGAGCUGAAAAUUUGAUUUGGGGACUGAAUACGACAAUGUUUAAUAAUUUGAGUGUCAGAUCUUGUUGUAGAGUUAUACUUCUUUCUUUGUUUCU